UGAGUCUGCGGACACUGUUUGCUUAUUUAUUUAGCAAAAAGUAUACCAAUUAUCAAUUUGGAAGUUCAAGCUGGUUUUUUCUUAAAAGGAAAGAUUAAAAUUUUUGAUAUCGAAGUUUGGGGUCAUAUACUUGUUGGUCCUGAAGGCUUUGAUAUUGAUGUCCGGAUGGCACCGCUUAAUUGGGUAGGCGGACUCAUCAAGGUGCAACGAAAUUCAGAAGAUAGCGAAAAUGGUCCGAUUUGCGUAAUUAAAGCAGGCGGGGACGUUUUUGAAGUACAUAUAGAAGGAUAUGCUGAGGUUUUGGGAAUAUACGGUGAAAUAAAGAUACUGGUCAGUGAUACAGAACUCGAAUUCAAAGUUAGCGGUGUAAUGUGGCCUGGAAUUUUUGAAGCAUCAAUACAUCUAAGAGCAUCGUAUGGAAGCAUAGACACUCUAAGUUUUUCAAUUGUCGUGGAAGUUAAAACGAGUGAAUUUAUUAAAAAACUCAGAAAAGCAAUAAUUGAAUUCUGCGACAGAAUAGGAAAGAAAGCGGAGACAGCUUUUAAUAACACAAAUAAAGCUUUUGCUGCCGCUCAAAGCAAAGUUGAUUUAGCCAAAGGAAACGUUGCCAGCUGGAGGGGUGAUGUCACAGCAUGGCAGGAUAAAUUAAGGGCGAGACAGGCUGAACUCGAACAAAAGAAGAGAGAAAUGCAGACAGAUUGCAGACAGAAAUGUCCUAAAGUGUGCUUUGGAUUUUUGGAUUGGAACUCAAAAUGCUGGAGGUUUUGGGGUCAUUGGGUUGGAUGUCUUUAUUGGAACAGCUGUUUCAGAAUGAUUGAUGAUAUCUUCUGUUUGGCUGGAUGCGAAAUAAACAAGUUGUGGAAAAAAUUUCUUGUGUGGGUGGAGCAAAUCGGACUCAAGAUUGCACUUGCAUUGGGUGACAUAGCGAAGGGAUUGCUAACAAUGGUACAGGGGAUACUUGAUUUAGCUAAAGAAGUUAUAGAAUUUGGAAAAAAGCUCAAAGACUUCGUUGGAAAAGUUGUACAGGGCGCCAUCAAGGGAUUAAAAUGGAUAGCAGAUAAAGCCCUUGAUAUUUUUGAACUAAGAAAGCUGAUACUUAGAGCAAAAAUGGAUUCAGAUUUUAAUGCUUGCGUUGGUUACGAAAUUGACGUUACAAUUUUUACUAAAAAAGUCGAAGGCAGCGGUGAGGCUUGUCUGAAUUUAGGAUUUAUAAAAUCGUUAGUUGGCAGAGUAACUGAUGGCGACGGUUCUCCAUCAGAAUUAAAAGGUAUCACGAAGACGGAAAAAAAUCUGGAGGAGGCGGAAUCGAAGAAAAUGGCUUUAGAUGACGCUGAAAAGAAGUUAGAAAGUGCUGAAAAGGACGCAAAGAAGGAGGUAGGUGCUGAAACGGCAAAGACAUACGAUGAAGAAAUGAGGAGGAAAAGGGGUACCAUACCAAGUCCAGAGACUAUUGCUUACAUAAAUAAGCUGCCAAAACGCAUAAAAGUUCCGACUAAGGAGGAAAUGCAGUAUAUCAGAGCUGCAAAUGAGCCUUUGCCGGAUCACAAUGCUAGAAAGGAAGAGAUUAUUUCUGCAUUUCAAUCCCAUCCUUGGUUCAACUCCCAAGAGAUAACACUGCUUGGAACAUCUUUACCGCUAAAGGAUGACACGGUUCCUGGAUCAAAAAGAACAAUUCUUGAUUUCGAGUCGAGUAUGAAUCCGUGUGAACGGAUGAAGAGAGCUAUCCAAAAUUACGAAGGUCUUACAGACGGAUUGAUAACUUCAGCUGAGUCGCUUACACAGCAAAAGAAGAUGUUAAAUGACACAGUACGUGAAGAAAGAAGCAAAAUUGACAGAAUAAAAACAAAUAUUCAAGACUUAGAACGACAUCGGAAUUUGACAGAUGAAGAAAGAGCAGAUGCAUAUUUCUGGUACAACAAACUUGAUCAAGGGUUAACUGAUUUCACGAAGCGUUCGGAAGAGGCGAUGAAUAAACAGGACUCGUAUGCAGUAUCCGUUCUUCGAAACCAACUGAACCAUAUGCUGAAAACAGAGAAAGGAUCAACAGUGCUGGAAUUCACAGAUUUGAUCCAUCAGAAUGCAAUGAAAGGUUACAAGCGUUCUUUCAUUCCCAAACAUGAAAGUGAUGAUGGAGAGAAAACGCUUCUGUACAUCAAAAGGGAUUUGAAAGAUGUACUUACCAAUACCGACGUCCUUCUAACAAACCAGGGUGGUCGGCUGAACGUUCUUCGAAACAACAUUCAGUCCAUGAAGAAGUAUGCCGAAACAUGCGAAAAUAAGUAAAUUGUUGAUCUUCUGGCAAAAGAAGUAUAAAACAAGAAUAUUGCAAAAAAAAAAGAUAACGAAAUUUAGUGUAAAAUUAACGUUAUUUCAUUAAAAAAAUGUUGUUGAAGAAAAUUGUAGUUAUUAUCAACCAUCAAGGACGUACAUAAGGUGUAUUUAACAUCCUUAAGAAAAAGAGGGGAAAUGCUGUCAAUAGUUAAUAAAAAUAUAAAAAUAUUUACUUGAUCAAGCAUAGGCUAAUUCCAAUGGAAAGUUAUUCUCAUGAAGGUAU